UCAGCUGGUAUUACUUCAUAUUCCCAGCCUGGAUUGAUUAGUUUACGAUACAUUUCGGAGAUUUCUGGGAAGCGGAUCACUCCUGGGUUCACGAGAUUGAUGACUCCAGUUUCCGGUUCAAUAUUUUAUACUCACUUUUUGAGAGCCAUAUCCAAUAAAAUUGGCAGAGUAUCAGGAAGAAUAGUUAUAGAGUUCGGUACAUCGAGAACUUUCUUGAAUGACAUCAGCUGGAAAUAG